UAACCAAUGGCCUGUGGGACACUAUCUCAGAUUUUGACGAUUUUUACAUAUCAUUUUCUAUAUUAUGUAGAUAGGUUAAAUUUGAAAUUUCAGACUUCCAAGUGCAACGGUUCAGAAAAUAUAGCUUUUUAAACACUGCUUAGUGGCCCCCCUCGAUUUAAGAAUCCUAAAAACAGACAAAAAUAGGCAAAAAAUAAGCUGAAUGGUCCAAUGGACAGAAAAUAAUGGAUGAAUUUAAAACAACACAAUUUAUGGUAAAACAAGCUAGAGCUUUAUGGGACACUAAAGUUAUCCUUGGUGAGAGAACAACUGACAUAAAAAAUCCAAAAAAAUGACUUCCAAAGUUAUAAAUCAAAUUGUCAACUUUUAUGAAGAUGAUAGUAAUAGCAGAUAAUUGCCAGGUGCUAAGUAUUAUAUUAGCAUAAAAACAGUUAAAAGUAGAAAACUCAUUCAUAAGCGACUCAUUAUGCAUUCUUUCAGAGCUAUACCAAAAAUGGGUAGUAGAAUCAAAGUCUAAUAGAGUGGUUAAAGUGGGAUUAACUUCAUUUGUUCUUUUAAGGCUAAAACACUGUGUACUUAUUAGAAAAUCUGUCACCCAAACUGUGUUUGUAUCAAAUUCCUAAUCUAAUGGUAAAAGUAUUCAAAAAUGAAUUAAAGUUAAAUGAACUGAUGGCCUUAUGCUAAUUAGAAAAUAAAAAACUGAUGGCUGUAUUACAAGAACUGAUAGCUGUAUGCUAAUUAGAAAAUAAAGAAUGCGCUUUUCAUGAGUGUAAAGAGUGUCCCAGAAAAGAAAGAAGUGAAAAGAAAUUAAAUGAUCUGGUUGGCGAUUCAGCAAAUGAAAUAACUUAUAAGCAAUAGUUGAAAACUGAAAGAUUCUUUAGAGACUCCUUAGAAACAAUUGUUAAAAACCUUGAUAAGUUUUUUGAAGAGUUAAAAAACAACUUAUAUAAACUCACAAAACAUCAUUAUGUCAGCAAAUUUCAGACAUACUUUUUAAAGCAGUUAAAAAAAAACAACUUGAAAGCAAAUAAUUUAUCAUACAGGAUUAAGUUCAGGCAUUAUAUUUUUCUAAAAAUCAGGCAACUCCUCAUCCAUUUGUUGUAUUUAUGAGAUCUUUUAAUGGAAAACUGUCCCUAGAAAGCAAAUUUUAUUGCGUUAUAUCAUACAAUCUGAUUCACAAAACUGAGGCAGUCUUCAGUUGUUUCAAAAAUUGUAUUUAUUCUAAAAAAAUAUCCACAAAUUCAGAAGAUUCGUUAUUUCACUGAUGUUGCAGGCAGCCAGUAUAAAAAUAGAUUUAAUUUGAAAAACCUUUGUUAUCAUGAAAAAGACUACGGGCUGAUAGAUUAGCAUUUUUUUUGCACUGUGCAUAAAAAAAGUGCAUGUAAUGGUACAUGUGGUACAGUGAAGAGAUUAAUUGAUAACCUGUCCCUCCGAAGACCGAUUGGAAAUCAAAUUUUGACACCAAGAACAUGUUUUUAGUUGCUAAAGAAAAUUUAAAAAAAGUCAGUUGCUGCACUUUCUUAUUUAAGUGCAAAUUUAAUGAAUGGCUAUAGAACUCUGGAAAAGAACACCAACUCAAAGGAUUGCUGAUGCUUAUGCAAAAAAUGAGCAGGCUAAAGAACAAUAUAAAAAUCAAGAUUUUAAAUCUGCUGGUGAAUAUUACAUAAGUUCAAUACGCGAUGUUAUUCCAAUUGUUCUGCAGACAUCUGAAUACGAAGAAGAAGUACGGAAACUGAAAGUAACGUGUUACUCAAAUCUAGCAGCAUGUCAGCUGAAGUUGAAGCAAUAUGACCGUGUUAUUAUUAAUUGUAAUAAAGGUUUGGAGUUAGACCCCAACAAUGUGAAAUGUUUAUAUAGAAGAGCAACUGCGCAUUUGUUGUGUGAAGAUAUUGAUAAUGCUGAAAAAGAUGUUAAAAAACUGAUAUUGCUUGAGCCUAACAAUAUAGCGUUUCGCCAGUUACUUUCUAGUUUAAAAAUAAAAGUUUCGGAUAAAAAAAAAUUCGAUGCCAAAUUUAUGAGAAUGUUUAUGAAUACCUCAUAAAAAUUAUUGGAAACAUAUUCUAUUACUGUCAAUGAAAUAUUAUAAUUUUUAAACGAA